AUGCCUCGAAGCAAUAAGAAGUGGUGCGCUCAUCCAAUCUCUCACGAAGGUACAAGAAAGUCGGGUCCGGGCGCUCUUCUUCCACGUGGAGAUCGGCCUAUUGAUAAUGAUCUAGCCGCGUUCAUCACACAAGAGUAUUAUCAAGCGGAUGCGAAUGUUGGAUUCGCUCUAUCUGAAGGUGAUCUUCUAUGUCGAACUUGUUACGAGACAGAGUCAACUCGAUUUCAUAGCAGUUUGGUCGUGGAAGUAAAUUCAAUAGCAGUUGAUUCACCGUUAUCUGCAGGGAGCCGACACAUGGCAGAGACUGUCGAAAGGAAAUACAAGCUUGAACAGCCCAAAGAACUGCUGAAUCAGGUAUUCCAGAUACUAGGAAUUGAGAAGAUUAGAGAUGUGUAAGUACAUCGUCGUAUGUUCCAUUUCUUAACUUGGUUUCCGUUUAGGCGACUGAUAAAUCAAGUAGACA